ACAUUGUACACUAUGGCGAAACGAAGUGCCACAGAAGCUGGAUUGGCUGUAGCCGUCUUGAAAACAGAGAAAAAAUCCAAGACAGGCACAACGAAGAAAAGCAAGAAGGACAAGAAGGACAAGAAAGCGAAAGACACUGUGCCUGUGGUAGUAGUUGAAAAAUUGAAGAAAGGUAAAGCGACGACCAAGAAAGAUAAAAAGGCUUCUGAAGUGAAGGCAACGUCGGAUAAGAAAGGAAGUAAAAGUAAAGUAUCGAAAGUGAAACCAUCUGCGAAAAGUAAGAUUAGCAGAAAACGGAAAGCUGAGACAUCGGAGUCAGACAGUAGUGACAGCAGUAGUAGUAGCAGUGGAAGUAGUGAUAGCAGUAGCAGUGAUAGUAGUGACAGUGAGGACGAGAAAUAUGUUAGGAAAGGGAAGAACGGGAAGAAUAAGAAGAAUGUGUUCAAAAGUAUAUCCAAGGCAUCCAAAGGACAGGACAUAGUACCCAAGAAAAGUGUUACGCAGAUAGAACCACAUGCCGGUAGUAGUAGCAGUGAUAGUGAUAGUAGCAGCAGCAGCGACAACGAUAGUGAUAGUGAAUUUGAAUCUGAAGCUGAAUCUAUAAGCAAAGAAGUGUCGGUUGUCAAGGCAACAACGAAGGCAGCGAAGAAGUCUACUCCAGCGGCAGCUGUGUCACCUAGUAGUAGUAGUAGUAGUAGUGAUAGUGCUAGUGACAGUGACAGCAGUAGUGACAGUGAUGCACAGGCCACUACAACGGCAGACAAUGAAGCUGAUAUGGCCAUUGAAGGAGUGUGCGUAGGCAUUGACUUGUACCUGGUUGAUAAGAAGGUGAGUGAGCAGUUCAUGAUAAUAGAUUUCUGUCUGCAUGGCAACGCUGACAGGCCGUGGUUAGCUCUGCUACCCACCAGCGUGUACACCUUCAGCUGGUACAAACCAGCGAUGGAGGAAAAAGGCCAUGAUUGCCACCCCAUGUACUUAGCCCCAAGGAAAAACUAUACGUUCACGGCUCCUAAGGCUACAAGGAAAGAGAGGAGGCGAGAUGUUCCGUCCACCUGUAACACCUUCUGGUAUAUUGAACUAGAUAAGCACACGCAAAAGAUAUAUGACCAGUGGCAACUACGUGGUCUUGGUGGGGACGACAGAGGUGGUACAGCAGGCGUUGCCCUCGCACGAUCCACCCAGCUACUGCCACCUUCACUGAAAGAUGACAACGACCCGUCAAAGAAGAAAAAGAAGACAAAAACGAGUGAGCCUACUACAAAUUAA